AUGGCGCUCUCCAACGAUAUUAGGCUCCUCUUCGCGUUGGUUCAAUGGAUACUACUAGUGUCGCUGUGUACUCCUCAAAAUGUACAUGUACCUGGUGGUUCCCAAAAUAUCUUUGAUAGUGGUGCGGCUGCUGGGGAUCAAGGACAAUCAAUAGAAGAAGAGUUUGCCGUGACAGGAUGUUGGUUUGGUUUGGAGGUGGAAAACGAGGAUUUGGUGAAUCCCUUGGACAGAACUAGUAGUAUGGAUUCCCUUGACCGAAUACAUGAAAUGCAGGUCUACACGUUGGCUUCCCGCAUCCAGAGAAUUGAUGUAUCCUACCUAUUCGCUGGAGGAAUCUCCAGUGCCACCUACACGGCAGGGCAAGAAGAUGCCACAGCUCCAGAUCCCACCAAGGUUGAGUUCCCUAUUGGAGCCUGUCUGAAAGAAAUGACAGUACACAGGACUCCCACUGGAGACAGAAUACUAGGCUUGGCAAUGAAUCUCACGGACGGAUCCGAAUUUUAUUUUGGACUGCUCGACAUUCCUACGGCACAAGUCUCUACUUUUUCAAAGCCAGGUUAUAUCAUCAGUGUCCUGGCCACGAGGGACGGUCCCGAGAACAAGUACAUUAACGAUCUCGGAGUGGCAUACUAUGCCAAGCCACGGCCUUGCGGUCCUUGUCCCAUGACCUACGUUCCCGGCUCUUCCGCCUACCGACAAGAAAAAUCUUCUCCACCACAAUACGUUUCCGCAGUACAAAUCGACACCCAAGAAAGUGACUCUUUGGCACGGUUGCAGGUAACCUACGUCUUUGAUGGGCGUGAGAAGGAUUCACUCCACACGGCGACGGGACAAACUGCAGGAUUGGGGGACACCCCCGUGGCCGAUCUCGUCUUUUAUGCAGGAAUCGAUUCCAGCACGCGGACCGCCAAAGCAUUGGAUUGCGUCGACUUGUAUCUGUACGUUGACAACUCGACAGUGGCCGGAAUUGGAUUCUGUGCCCGCGAGAGUAUUCUAGAUACCGCUACUAGUACAAGUGUCUGUCGUACGGAUUCGGAAACCUUUGGGCCGUAUGGAAUCCAUUCGAGGGCCAACGGGAUUUCAAAAGUUUCCACUUGUUUGGAUGAUAAUAUGGAGACCGACGAACGUCGAAGGGAAACAAUCUUCAUGCUAUCGGAUAUUUUGACUGUCAACUGUCCGUCCUACAUCACCAUGGUCCCAGUUGCGCCACUCGUCACGCCCGAUAUGCAAACCGCGACGGAUGGUGGAUUGGUUCUCCCAGCGACGCUAACUCCCACGCAGUCACCGACCAAUUCACCCGGCAAUCCAUAUACAGUCGAACAACUGGGCGGGCUUUCCAUUGAGGCAUCUGGUAUGGAUUUGUUGGAGGGAUCACCCGUCACUUUUCAGAACACUUCUUGUGCCAUUCGAUAUCGUCAUCGGCCGUGGGGAGUGGGAUGCAAGUUCAACACGCAAGUCAGCUUGGGAGAUGAUGUUGAUCCACUUCGUGUGUGUGGGUCGAUUUGCAUGCGAGCCGAGGUCCAGUUCAACCAAGAGGCGACGGGCGCUCUGGCCAAGUUCCUCGCCACUGUGACAUUGUGGGAUGAUUUUGGGGGGGACGGUGCUGAUACGUCGCUCAGUUGUCAAACUGUCAUUGAUGCAUUGGGCUUGACGGAACCCAUCGAAAUGGAGCUGGACUUGGGGAAUAUUACGUACGAAUCUGUCACGGAGGCUCGAGAUGCUGUCAAGCGACGUCCCAGUCGACGGAGGGGGGUUGAUCAAGGGGAUGCGAUUGUCACGGACAAAGGAGAGUUUGCCUUUGGGGUAACAUCGAUUCCACCAAAACCAGUGGCCAUUCCUCCGUCGGAGAGUACCUUUGGUCUCCCUGAGAACUACACUUUGGGUGUCAAGGACACCACAUUCCAGCUGGCCUUGGUGAAUACGGGUUGUGGUAUUGUGACAUCGGCUCAGCCUUGGUCCGUGGACUGUAAUGCAACAAUACGCCUUCACCAUGGACAAGCACCACUUAACGGAGGGCAACCGCUGGAAAUGCAAAUCUUUGCGACGGGCGUGGUCGAUACUCGUCCUCGCAGUCAGUACUUGCUCUCGAUAAGAUACGGCGUUCGAAUGCCAGAGACGUCAAUAUCAUACUCUGCCAACUCAGACCCAAUAUAA